GGCUGGCACGAAAUAUUUUAGAGAGCAACCGUGGCAAAAUCCAUCUGCCAGAUAGGUCGAGUAGUCCCAGCCGCCCAAUUUUGUGUACCCAUUUUUAAAAAAUCUGUAAUCUUUUCGUAUGUAUUCCCUACUUUCGUGUACAAAAAUGUUUUGUGCAGGAUUCGUGCAGCGUAGACUUAGUCCGGGUCUGAUGCAAACGAUCGGAUCGAUGACCAACAGAUGCUAUUCCGAGGAGAAGAAACCUCCGAAUGUCUUUCUGUGGGGCGGCGGACUCGGCAAGCUGCAGGGCGGUCUGAAGGAGGAGGAGUACUUCAUCUCCCUGACCCAGAGCCUCAUGUGCAAGAUGCGGGACAAGAAGGACCCCGCGGACUACCUGCCCAAUUGGGAUGAGUUCCAGAAGACCCUGGACCACGCCUCCCUCGGCAGCUCGUCGUCCAUGAACAAGCACAAGAAUGUGCUCGAGGAGGCGUUCUUCCUGAGCGAGACCGCAGAUGAUAUCAAGGUAUUGCACGACCGUGCUCAAGAGGACCCAAAAGUCGCCAACAACACGGCUACUGAGGCGGAGCUGAAGUGGGAUCCGCAAAACACAAAGUAGUUAAUUGUUUACCAUUCCUUGACAUUCCCUCGUUACUUCGGAGGCGCAACAUCCCCACGCCGACAUUUCCGAGUGGCACGCGCAAUAAAAUUGUUAGUUUCCAAGUUUUAAAGGGAUUUGAAAAAUACAAGUCCUGGGUUCAAAUUCAAA